GUUGAAUUUGUCAGUGAGCUCCAUCAGGCAGGUUUAAUCUAACAGCCUGGCUGCCUUUUCCGGUCUCUCCACUGAACAAGCCUCCUUGGGAUAGACUGACAGCUCCCUGUUCCUGGAGGGCUGGGAGAUUUUCAUUAAGAUUCUGCCUGCGUUUCCCCUCUCUCUGUUCCCCCCUCUCUCUCUCUCUCUCUGUCUAUCUCUGCCUCUUCCUCCCUUUCUCUCGCUCUCCUCUCUCUUCCCUCUCUCCAUGGCGGCCAGUAAAACAUUUGGAUUGAAACCUGUGAAAUUCCAGCUGGAACAAGCAAGCGAGUGGUUCAUGAUUGGAUCGGAGGUGGGAAAUUACCUGCGCAUGUUCCGGGGCUCGCUGUACAAGAAGUAUCCGUCCCUCUGGAGACGCCUGGCCACUGUCGAAGAGAGGAAGAAGAUUGUUGCUUCGUCACACGAUCAUGGCUACACCACUCUGGCCACAAACGUUACCCUGCUACGUGCGACGGAGGUGGAAGAGAUUCUGGAAGGCAACGAUGAGAAGUAUAAGGCUGUCUCCAUCAGCACCGAGCCUCCGACGUACCUCCGGGAACCAAAGUCGAAGAGAAAUAACCAAUGGGUUCCCACCCUACCCAACAGUUCACACCACUUGGACGCAGUGCCCUGUUCAACCUCUAUCAACAGAAACCGCAUGGGACGGGACAAGAAGAGGGUGUUCCCCCUCUGUUUUGAUGACCACGAUCCUGCGGUUAUCCAUGAGAACGCCGCCCAGCCUGAGCUCCUGGUGCCGAUCCGGUUGGACAUGGAGAUCGAUGGGCAGAAGCUGCGGGACACCUUCACCUGGAACAUGAAUGGUAAUGGGACUACAGUCCCAGCUCUGUCUGGGCCAGCACAGGGUGGGACAGGCCUUCCCAGCAACAUUCACAUAUAACUGCCCCACUGCUGA